CAGGCGGGGGAGGAGGAGGAGAGGAGCCAGCGGUUUGGGGCGGGACUGGGCGAGCGGCUGGGGAGGGCAGGUGCAAGCGCCCUCCGCUCUGCAGCAUGGGGAGGCAGCCUGGCACCCCGCUGCCAAGGGCGCUGUCCAGCCAGCGGAAGCCCCGUGCCCAGUGAGGAGGGGCGACGUUGGCGGUGAGUGUCCCACAUCAGCCUGGCCCCUGCGCCCCGGGGAGGAGUCAGCUGUCUCCAGCGGGGCUGCUCCCGGCGCCGGCCCUGAGAGGAGGAUGAGGAGCCGCGCUGCCCAGGGCAGGCUGCCGAGAUUCAUUUCAGCACUGGAGCCUUGCCUAUGUUGAAAUAAUAGAAGCUAUGGCAAAAGAAUGCAUAAAGAACUGCUGCAAAGGGUGUUUCUACGUGGAGAAGGAAAAGAAUGACUUUUCCAUGGAGAAGGAAUCUGAAGCCAAAAGCAAAACAAGCAUUGUGGAGAAACCUCCAUUGUCUGCUGUGUCAGUGAAGCGUCAAGUGGGCUGUUCCGAAGAUUAUCUCCUUGCCAAGCUGCCAUCAGAUGGCAGGGAGGUCCCGUUUGUGGUCCCUCAGUUUAAAUUAACUUACAUACAACCCCAAAAUCUUGGCAGUUUAUCACAUGUUGGGGAAAUUCAAGGCUUGGCCAGUGUCUCUAUUCGUGACAGGAAAGCAGAACUUUCCAAUAUAUACCAGCAAGGACCCCAUGGUGAUACAGUGUACAAUCCAUUCUAUAGGCAGCAGCAUAUUUCACCAGAUUUGACUAGACGCUUCCCAGAAAAAUCAGAUGUGAGGUUGUAUGGAUCAGUUUGUGAUUUAAGGAGUAGUACACUUCCUGGGUCAUCUGGUUUAAGUCAUUCUUUGUUUGAUCUCUCAAAUCCUCCCCACCGUGUCAUCCAGAGAUAUGAUUCCGUCUCCAGCGUACCCAGCAGUACCUCCUCGAAGAAGGAUUCACAAGGCAGUAACAAGAGCCUGGAUACCAUUACAUUAUCAGGGGAUGAACGAGACUUUGGACGAAUGAAUGUGAAACUGUGUUAUGUUCCUUCUGCAGAACAGAUCUGGAUCACAGUCUUGCAUUGCAAAGAUCUGAGCUGGCCGUCCAGUUGUGGAGAAAAUCCUUAUAUUACUGUCAAAGGAAUUCUCACAUUGCCUAAGCCGGUGCAUUUCAAAUCUUCAGCCAAAGAAGGUUCCAAUGACAUUGAAUUCAUGGAAACGUUUGUGUUUACUAUCAAACUGCAAAUUCUGCAGACUGUAAAACUAGUGUUUAAAAUACAAACUCAGGCUCCCCGGAAGAAAACAAUUGGAGAGUGUGCCCUGCCACUACGAGAACUCAAUGCACAGGAAUCAGAUUAUUGGUUGGAUAUAAUGCCUCCGUCCAAAGUUUCAGUGUGCAAUGCAGAACUUCAAAUUGGAGUCUGUUUUCAAGCUAUAAACAGCAGGAUUCAGUUACAGAUUCUUGAAGCCCAAAGCCUCCCAAGCUCAUCCACACCACUCUCUUUAAAUUUCUUUGUGAAGGUUUCAAUGUUUAGUACAGAAGGGUUGGUUUAUAAGAAAAAGACUCGUCUACUGAAGCCCACCAAUGGCCGAGUGAAGUGGGGAGAAACUAUGAUUUUUCCAGUCAGUCAGAAUGAACAAGGAAUUAAUUUUCUUAUCAAACUCUACAGCAGGACCUCAGUAAGAAGAAAACACUUCCUGGGACAGGUCUGGCUAAGCUCUAAUAGCAGUAGUAAUGAAGCAGCAAAUCAGUGGAGAGAUGCAAUUAUAAACCCUGAAAAGGUUACCAUUAAAUGGCAUAACAUUAAUCCAUCCUGAAGAUGUCAGAGAUGAAUUCAGAGCUGAUAUGGACUUGAUACAAGAAACUCCACACUCUUAAAAUGAAUUAAUCAGAUAAGAGGGAAAAAUACAGCCUACUUCAAUGCUUGUUUCAGGAAGUCUGGACUUGUAUCUCAUAACUGUUAACGCACAAAAGCCAAAAAGAAAAGGGAUCAGAGCUACAGAAUACCCUGGUAAAAUACUGGUAUGACAACAGGUCGGAAUUAGUGAAACUGUACACCUGAAGUAAAAAGCCACCUUGAAAAGUGAACUGUUGUUGAUUAUUUUCCAAGCAGGAUUAGUUGUUAAUCUUUAUGUAAAUUAAAGCUUAUUUUAAAGAUGGGGUGAGGGAACUGAGUUCAUGCCCUUUUGCAAUUUAUACCUCUUUAUAGAAGUCUGAAAAGGGGUUGCACAUGUGUUUUUGGUUUUGGCCUUUUCCCAAAAGUUUUCUUUCUGAACUUAUUUAGUUACAGUAGAAACUCAGUUCUCCUCUUCCCCGGAUGUGUCUGCGGAUGACUGGAGAACUGGCAAAAUUAUGAUCACUUUGACACCAAACAAAUGAAACUGGACUGAAAGGAAAAAUGUUAGUUAUGAAGUCUGACUAAGCAUUUUUGUAAGUAACUGCUAAAUAAAUAGAAGAAAAGAUGCCUUUAUUAAAGUUGCAACAUCUCACUUCCAUUUAAGGGUUGAGAGUACUCUAUUCCUCCUGAGACCUGCACGAAAACAGGGAAAUACAAACAUGGUAUUCCUGAUUAUUUCAAAUAGAAAACAAUUUAAAAAAUAAAACAUUGUUCUCUGGUGUGGGCCUAUAUGUGAAGUCUUUAGUAGGGCAGGCUCACACUGAAGGCAGGCGGCCACUAAUAUUCAAGGUAUUUCCAUUUUGGAGCCCCUCCAUUAAAAUUGAGGGGUCAUAUGAGCGUUGACUGUAUUUGAACAUCUCUAUGAAAGAGCAAACUUCAUGGGGUAGAGUCUCAGCUGAAGCCAAGGAGCACAUAGCACUGCCAAGGAGUGGGAUGCUGGGAUCACCCCAAAUAGUAAUUAGAGGCCAAAAACUGCUCUACCCUGUGUUAACUAGUAGCAGUCAGCCAGGGAUAGCUGCCAGGAAUGGAUUAUCUCUUCUUUCAGUUGCCUCUGCUGUUCUGACACAGGGAGUGGAAUGGCACUGUAAAAGUUACUAUGGCUACUCAGUGUCAUCCAAUGAUCUCCCUAUGGGCUGGAUCUGUUGGCUGCUGUGUGUCCAUGGAAUGGGGCAAAAUGGCCAGAACAAGACCUGGGAUUGGGGCCAGUAUUAGCGGAUACAUGUGUCCAUUUGUAUUUUUUAAAACCUAGACCACUUCCUCCUAUCUAAUAAAAAAUGUGGUAGCUUACUUACAUUUUAUUAAAACCAGACUAACGUACUGUGGAAUGAGCAAAGAUUUACUGAUAUAGAAGUGCUUAUUGAAUAUUCAAUAAAGAAUGCAGUACACUGUAGUACUCAGGUUUUAUUUGAGGCAGGCCAAAAGUGAGACUACAUUUUAAUAGUUAUAAGAAACUGAAACAGAUUGAGAGAGAUUGUUGCAAAUGGUACCAAUAUUUAUUUAUUUUUGUGGUGCCAUCUUGGCAUGCCAUUGCUAAAUCUAGCUUCUUUUUCAUUCCAUAUCUUCAAGUACCUGUUUAUUCAGAACAACAGUAAUUUUACUUUGGUCUUUAAUCCAAAAAUAAGAUGCAUGUCUAAUAUAUAGACAUCUAAAUUCCAAAAACUUUUUUGCUCUCUGGUAAUUAUUGGAAUGUGUUUAAAAAAAAAAAAAACACCACCUUUCACUUCUCUCACCAUUUCAUUCUACAAUAUUAAUACAGAUCGCACAGAUACUGUCUGCUUACUCUAAAUAAAUAACCAAUAAGGAAUAGGUAAAAUCAUUUUGUCUAAAUUCAAUCCUACUCACCCAUGAUGAGUUUUCACAUUUGGAUUGGAAUGAGUGUGCUUUUGGAAUGAGAGUGGAGGGAGGGGGGAGAGAGGCGCGCACUGGCUGUGUGAAGGAACAACUGAGGGGACAGAAAAAAUUCUAGUGGAAAAACAUAUAUCUUACUGAUAGUCCUGUAAUGUUUAACAGUUUGAUGCAGGGAAGGUUCAUGAAAUGUCUUUCUAUUUUUUUGACUGGCUAUAUUGUUGGCUGAAACUUUCCAGCUUUUAACAAAUUUUCAUUGACAUUUUGACCAAAAAUAUAGGAGAGGGAGAAAUGCAAUGAGGUAUGUGUGUGUUUCACCUGCUAUAGAAAACGGAAACAAGAUUGUAAUAUUUUAUCCAUGGAUUCUCAGAGUUAGGAAACAAAAAUGUAAUCCUGCUCCCAUUGAUGUCAAUUACAAAAUUGCUAUGGAGCCCAACUCAUCGUAGGCUAUACUGAUUUACAUCAGAUGAAUUUGGCCAGCUGAUUUUUAAUGAGAACAGGAUUUGGCCUUUACAGAAAAAGCAGUGAUCUAUUUUAAUAUGUCCAAAGUAUCUCCUUUCAUGAAAACAGCAGUAUUGUAAAACAGCAUUGUUGUUUACAUCUGUUGCUUCCUACAGUCCUGGUCAGCACUGCUAAUAGGCGGAGGGAAAGUGAAGGGCAAGAAACUAUUCAUUACAAAGUCUUCUCUAAAGAGAAGAAUUAGUAGCAUUUAAAAUUACUUAAGCUUGUCUUCUGACACUGAGCCUUGUUUAAAAUAUAGCUGGUCAUGUUCUCUUAUAUAUUGACAUUUUAGUAUAUGUUUAACAUCUAUUCUAGAUACAUCGGUAAUAAAUAAAAAUGUGUGUUUACAACUAAUUUUGUUGUU